CACGAUGGACUGGGGGCCAAAACUGAAACAUGUGGUUCGCAGAAUCGCAGCCACCACGUUGCUCUCUGAGCAAGCCACCGCCGUCCGCCGUUCACAAUUAAGUUUGAAAAGGGCAGUUUAACAGAGUUUCACCUUCCAAUCAAAACGGAGAUACCCACGAAUCUUCCCUCUCCUCAGUCCCUACCAAAAAUCUGACCCGAAUUGCUGCUCUUUCCACCACCACACACCGAGUCCGACAAUCGCCUUGGAAAUUUUACACGCAAAGGCUACUACUGGACCAGUGACCAUCUCGCUAAAUACUUCGCCCCAGAUCAUCAGAGAGGUACCCUCAUUCUCCUCCCCUGUAAUUUCCCAUCUUCUCCAGCUUCCUCUGGCCUUUGUGCUUGUUCAUCGGCGCCAAGUCGAUUGAUAGAUUGGGGAGGGCGGGAAAGGGGAACAAGUGAACCAAAAGAGGGGGGGAAAUGAUUGCUUUGAAUUCGCAUUGUUUGCUGAUCGAUCAUCAGAGCACAUGUUGCUCGGCUCGUCAUUUCCCGCUCGCUUACUUUUCCACGAUCUCUUCUUCGUCUUCCCGCCCGACACCCGGUGUUCACAGGCGAGUUGCCUCGUCCAAAUCUUCGGUCCCCUCGGCGAUUCGGGCGCCGGAGAUCCGGAGGCCGACGGAUCGGUGCGGCACGGGAAAUGGGUUGGUCUCCGAAAGUGGGAAUUCGCCUUCCACGUCUGCCUUUUCCACCGCAGCUGCUGACAUUACUGAGUUGGGCGUGUUUCUUGAAUUGGUGCCGUCGAGGAUGAGGAGGGCACUGUCCGAGCACAGAGAGAUUGGGCAGUUGAUUGAAGUGGUGAUGGACUUGGGGAGGAACCCUCUGGCUAGGUUUCCGUCGGGAGACUGGGCUAUUUCGGAUGAGCCUGUGAAGCCUGAGGAUCUGAAGCAUGCAGUGUCAAAGGUUGGUGAGUUUUCGGAUGACAACCGAUCGGGAAUCGACAGUUCUUUGCAUCGUAUAAGUGCCAUCAGAAACCGUAAAAUGCAAAUUAUAGGCCUUACAUGUCGGGUGGGGAGAGCUGUUAACGGAAGUGCUGAAAUAAUCCGCGAUUUGAUUGAGGGUGGAGGUUCCAUCUUGGUCAUUGGUCCCCCUGGAGUUGGAAAAACCACGUUAAUCAGAGAAAUUGCUAGAAUGUUGGCAGAUGAUCAGGGGAAGCGCGUGAUUAUAGUGGAUACAUCCAAUGAAAUUGGGGGUGAUGGAGAUGUUCCUCAUUCUGGAAUAGGUCGAGCGAGGAGGAUGCAGGUCCCUAAUGUCCAUUUGCAGCAUAAUGUUAUGAUUGAAGCUGUGGAAAAUCAUAUGCCCCAGACCAUCAUAAUUGACGAGAUUGGAACGGAGCUUGAAGCCUUAGCUGCAAGCACCAUUGCUCAGCGUGGUGUUCAGUUAGUUGGAACAGCUCAUGGAAUGACCAUAGACAAUAUAAUCAAGAAUCCUUCUCUGCAACUUCUUGUGGGUGGCAUAGAGAGUGUAACUCUUGGAGAUGAAGAAGCAAGGAAAAGGAAAGUUCAGAAGACAAUUCUUGAGAGAAAAGGGCCUGCAACUUUUACAUGUGCCGUUGAAAUGAUAACCCGAACUGAGUGCCGUGUCCACCAUAGGUUAGAUGCAACUGUUGAUGCUCUACUAGCAGGGAAAAAUCCUCUCUUUGAAAUUCGUCGGAUGGAAACUCAGGAAGAUGGCUCAGUGGAUUCCACUCCCAUUGAAGCUCAGAGCCCUGUGGAGGCUCCAGAGGUCAUCCCGGUUAAUGAAGAUAGAGAGUAUAAUGGAACGCCUGAUGAGGAAGACACGGAUUAUCUUCCAUCUGAAUCAAAGAGUUGGAAAAACAGUGGAUCCAUAAUCAAGAAGAUUGCACCAGUCUGUGUCUACACUUACAAGAUCCUAGAAGACGAUCUCUUACAAGUUGCAAAAGUUAUGGGAGUUGAAGAUGAGAUAGAUGUGACUGAUGACAUUGGAGCAGCUGAUGCUAUUUUAGUUUCCAGUUACGAAAUGAAGCAGAAUCCAUGGAUUCGUAGUAUUGCUAAGUUCCAUCAACUACCCAUCUUUGUCAUAAAGUCAAAUACAAUGGCACAAAUGGUAAAGGCUGUUCGCACAGUUCUUGGGAUGGAGUCGUUGACAGGUGGUUUACCUGAGCAGCCCCUCAAGAACAUGUUUGACAUAGAGAUCGAAGAUGAUGCACCAAAAAGAAAGCCCACCUUGGAAGAAAUUGAUGCUUUGGAGGAGGUUAGACUGGCGAUAGAGUACAUUGUCAUCCCAGGAGGAGAACCGGUGGAGCUUCUCCCCAGGCGGUCUGAAAUAGUUGCCCGGCAGCUGGAGCUUGUGGAAAGCUAUCAGUUGGCAGCAGAAAACUCAGGGACAGAUGCCAACCCUAGACUGCAGAUUCUUCCUCUAAGAACAAGCAAGAAAGCUUCUUCUUCUUCUAAGCCAUUGAAAUCUAGUGCGACCUCACAGAAAGAAACAGGUCUAACCAGCAGCAAUGGAGGUACCAGUGUCAGCAGGCUGCCAUUACUGCCGGAGUAACAGUGCUGCUGCCCACAAAUUUGGGGAGCUCCAUUCUCCCCAAUCUCCAGCCAUGUUCCAACAAGUUCAUUGUAAGUUUUAACUAACCAAAAUAAAAUAAAAAAAGGUCUUGUACAUUAUUAUGUAAUAAGCACUGAUGAUAAAGCUGUUGUAACUUGUAACAAUAUCAUCACGGCUGUAAGAAUGUAAUAUAAUUUUUUUUAAUGAACUGUACAAAUGUAAUAUAAUGUUUAAUAUCAUAAUCAACUGUACAAGUUGUUGUAAAAAUACCCCAUAUUAGUAAUUCGGGUUUUUUUUUUUUUCUUUCAAGAUAAGGCAAAAAGAAACCCAUUACAAAAUCGACGAGAACAACACGUGUUGCUCUCAUUAAACAUGUUGUGGAAACAUCCUCGUUUAUGUUCCACGGUUUCCUCCACUCACACUCAAAUACGUGAAGAAUAUUCUUCACAAACCAUAUAACACAUAUUGACCGGCGACAUUGUGGUGCCCACAUAAGACUCAAAUGGAUCCGAUUAAAUUGCCCAAUUGAUUCGGUCUAGUCUGGUCUUUUUGAAAAUAUAAGGACCAAAGAUUGAAUUGGAUACAGUCCAGUCUUGAUCCGGUCUGGUUCCAAUUCGGUCUUGAUUAUAUAUUGAGCUUGUGGGGAUUUGAGUGGCCUAAGGCCUGAAAGGGUGAGGAGUUGGUUAAGUUUUGUACUAAUUGCAAAGGUUUGUGACCGUUUAUGCAAAUUACCCUUAAGUUUUGGGUGUUGAGCUCUCUUAUCUGUUCUUUUCUAGUUUUUUAUCCGGUCCCGAACGGUUUCUACCUUAAAUCUAAGUCCAAAGAUUUGAUUGGAUUGUUUACUAUCCGAUCCCAGUCCGGUCUCGGUCCGGGUUAUACGGUCGGGUUUCGAGUAAAACCAAAAAACCCGAACCAAAUAGCCAGCCCUAUCAAAUACCAAUAUUAUUCUUAGAAGAGGCAAAUGAAUUUGAUUUGUGAAUGUGAUUACAUGGAUAGUGAAUUUCAACUGUAUUCCAUUUUGGAUAAUAUGUAAAAAAAAAAGAGUUAGUACUAACUUUAAUAGUAAAAGAACUUCGGCUAGCUAAAUUAGACAUUUUGAAGCAGAGUUUUGGGGUUAAUGCCACAUUUGAUUAUUGGGAUUACUAAAGGGGAUUGCUAUUUGUCGCCCUAAAAUUUCUUAUUUGUCGCCCUAAUUAAAAUAAUUUUACUCUAAUGCCCUUAGUUUAUUUAUUUGUAGUUUAACACAGCGUCCCCGACCAGGCACAUUUCCUUCCACCGUAAUAUCUGCUAUGCUCCCUUUCUCCCCCCGGAGUUCCGGCUCCGGCCAGAACUCAAUGACUGAUAAUUGCCUUCGCAUCGUCCAAGGACUUCCAACUUCCACGUAUUCAUUCUCCACAUACUCGACUCAUUAGAUUCCAUUCUUGCCUCCAUUUGCAUAUGCAUCAAUCGCUCUUUACUUAUCUGCACUAAAGCUCCUCCACCAUUAUCAGAAGUUAAUUUUCUCAAAUUCAGUUGGAGAGUCUUCCGUAUUUCAUUUCAUUCUUCCACAGCUCACUAUUAAGCUUUUCAAAGUCAAACCAAACGGAUUAGAGGACAGCAAGAGGAAACUGGCAAAAAGCACAAUCAUAUCGACAUUCCUCAUCCUAGAAAGGCCUGAAGCAAAGCAAACGAAGAAAAGAAUCAGAAGGUAAUUAAUGAAUUCAGUUUCGGUAGUCUACAGACCAUCUUUUCAGAGUAGCGGAGAGAUUUAAUUCCUUCAAAUAUUCUCCCUGACGCAAGGUGAGUAAGGGAGGCGUCGGAGCAGGGGCGACGGAGCAGGCGACGAGCCGCGGCAGAUUUAGAUUGCGGGUGAGGAAGGGAGUAAAUUUGUUUGGUUAGAGUUUAGAAUUUAAAUUGGGUUGAGGGUAAAUAUGUCAAUUUUUUGCAUAUUAGGGCGAUAAAAUUUAAAUUCUAGG